CGUCUGAUUCUCCGCUUCAAGUUACUUCUUCCAAGUCUAAAUCUAUUCAUCGAGACCUUUGUAGAACCGCGCAAGUUCAGCAAUCAUGGGUAUCAUUGGAGUUGUCGCCAGACGCUUGGACGCAUUCAUCGGCAGGCCUGGAGUGAUGCUUGUUUUUCCACUGUAUGCAUCCAUGAGAGCGAUUGAAAGCCCUAACAACGUAGAUGAUCAGCAGUGGCUGACCUACUGGGUCUUAUACUCCUUCAUAACGCUAUUCGAGCUAUCAUUUUAUCAAAUUCUAGCUUGGCUACCCUUCUGGCCGUACUUGAAGCUUUUGUUCUGCAUGUGGCUGGUGUUGCCAAUCUUCAAUGGAGCUGCAUAUAUUUACCAGAAUUUCGUGAGGAAGUAUGUGAAGAUUGGAAAUCAGGUGAGCUCAAGUUAUUCGGAAAGCCAAAAGAAGAUCCUUCUUAUGAUGAGCCUCGAUGCAAGAAAAUCCGUCGAGCGGUACAUUGAAAAAUAUGGACCCGAUGCUUUUGAUCGAGUCAUCAAAGCGGCCGAGAAGGAAGCGAAGAGGCAGAGGGAGAUGAGACCUUAGUUCGUUUGUUCCUUCGUUCUUUCUACCUCACGAAAAACUCAAAUAUAUAUGUAACCCAUAUUCACAGUUCUUCGUGUAAGAACAUUUGAGAAUAGUAUAUAUUCACGUCGAACUCAGUAUAAAGAUUGUUCUGUGCUUUGUUCGCCAUGUCCCUUGUAAAUGUAAUAACCUAUGGUUAUAAAACAUGAUGCUGUUCAUAGUUUGGAGCA